AUGCCUCCUUCUAAAAAGUGCAAGUACAAUGCUUACAGGCUUUCUUUGUCUGCCAAAAGUGCUACUGGCAAUGCACUUAUCAAAGCUGCACUGUUGGCUGCCAUCACAGACUUUGCCACAUCUUCUACUCCUUUGGGUAGCAGCUCAGUUCCUAGCAAAGAGUUGCCUGUGCCCACGGUGGGCAUUCUUGAGCCAGGAGAAGUUGUUAGAGGUGUCAGUGCUGUUUCAGCUGCUGUGCGUGCUCUUAAUGAUCACAAGCAGCCUGAGAAGGAGGAGACCACAGCUCCUUCUGCCAAGGUCAUAGGAAACAAGAAAUCUCGGAACUAA